AUGGUCCGCGCCGUUGCUUCUCGUGUGGUCCCUCGACAACGAAUCUCCAAGGCCAUGGCCAAGGAGGCUGCGAGCGAAGCAGCCUUGGCCGAACGCUUGGCACUGAAUGCAAAUGCCCCCAAGUCCGUCAAUCAAAUUCCCACGCGGGCUGGAGCUUCGUUGGAUGCCGCAAAGGUAGCCAUUCGACCCAUGGGGAAUGCCCGCCGGGUAUUUGUCAUGGAUCCUCACUUGGAAUCGGAAACUAUGGAAGGAUUAGCCUUUCGAAUCAAGGCAUUGUCCAAGAAUGAAGGCAUUAAUUCCAUUUUGAUUGGAACCGACGAUCAGGACGAUUCCUUGCUCAACUGUCUGCCAAGAUUUGUCACACAGGAGCCAAACUUUAGUGGCAUCUCGCUAGACUUUGAGCCAUCGCCAGGGCACACUUGGCACGUCUCGGGAGGGUACGAUCCAUUGGCAGUUGCAGAAUCCAUGAGUCAAGCGAGUGCCCAAGAGAAAUGCCAACAAUUGUUGGACAGCAUUCAAAAAUUGUCACUGGCCACCAAGGGCGACCAGGGUGAUUCCCGAGUUCCAGUCAUUACCUUUCCACAUGGGAUUGUGACAGAUGCGGGAUACUCUCUCUGCAUGGGAGGUUACGUUCUAGCGACAAGAGAAACCUCCUUUCGCAUUCUGAAUCCAUCUCGAGGUUUGUCACUCGAUCCAGUUGGUUUCUCCUACAUUUUGCCUCGCUUGGGAUGGGAACACGAACAACGCUCUUCCAAAUACCCCGGCUGUGGAAUGAUUCUGGCGUUAGCAGGUUACGAAGCCAGUUGCUUUGACAUGGUGGAGACUGGACUUGCCACCCAUCUGGUCUCUGAUUCGGGAGUGUUGCCCAUUUUGGAACGCAAUCUAGCGGCCAUGAAUCCGUGGGGACAACAAGGACUAGUUCAAAAACCGAAACACUUCUAUGGACAACGACCACCACGAGACGCCAAUGCCCAAUUGCGAAAUGUUUCCAUUGCUAAUAUGAUUGAACAAAUGUCAGAGCACUCGUCCAAUACUUCCAAUUCCUUUCCCUUUGACUUUACUGUCACCAAUCACGAAGAUCCAGCACUGGACACUGAUCACGUUCCAUGGGACUCUGGCUUCUUUUCCAGUGAGCUGGUGGAUAUUGCUGCACACUACGAUGACAUUUUUCAACAAGAAAAGACUCUGGAAGGAAUUGUGGAGCGAUUGAAGGAGGCCGGUGCCUCCACUUCGGAGAAUGCAGACGAACGAAUGGGAAUUCAAGCGGCCAAGGAGAUAGUAGAAAAGAUGGAAAAACAAUCGCCCUUGGCACUCAAGGUGACACAUCAACUCAUGAAGAUGGGAGGAGGACGUCUGGCGUCCAUGGAAAACUGCAUGGAACGAGAGGCCCAUGCGCAGCUACACUUGUUCCAAAAACCGGACUUUCAAAAAUGGGCCGAGCACGUGACCAAGCACGGGGGUGAACAAAAAGCACCAGCCUUUGAAGGGUGGCAACACAAGAGCAUAAGUGAUGUUUCAUCAGGAGAAGUGGACGAGGUUCUAAGCAGUAAUUAA